AUGCCCGACGAUGACAAGUACGACGUCCUGGAGAAGAUUGGCCAUGGCUCCUUCGGCAUCAUCCGCAAGGUCAAGCGGCGGUCGGACGGCUACAUCCUGUGCCGCAAGGAGAUUAGCUACUGCAAGAUGUCGCCCAAGGAGCGCGAGCAGCUGCAGGCCGAGCUGUCCAUCCUCAAGGAGCUGCGCCACCCCAACAUCGUCGCCUACUUCGAGCGCGACCACAUCAAGGCCAGCCAGGACCUGCACCUGUACAUGGAGUACUGCGGCAACGGCGACCUCGGGCGCGUCAUCCGCGACCUGAAGAACAAGAACCAGGUGUGCGACGAGGAGUUCGUCUGGAGCAUCUGCAGCCAGAUUGUCAGUGCCCUGUACCGCUGCCACUACGGCGAGGACCCGCCGGCCGCCGGGCGCAACGUCCUGGGCCUGGCUGCCAACGCGAAGCCUGCGCGCGACGCUCGUGCCAAACCCAUGAUCUUGCACCGCGACCUCAAGCCCGAGAACAUCUUCCUGGGCGACGACAACUCGGUCAAGCUGGGCGACUUUGGCCUGUCCAAGAUCCUGCAGUCGCACGACUUCGCCUCCACCUACGUCGGCACCCCCUUCUACAUGUCGCCCGAGAUCUGCAAGGCCGAGCAGUACGGCCCGCACUCGGACAUCUGGGCCCUGGGCUGCAUCAUAUACGAGAUGUGCGCCAAGCAGCCGCCCUUCAACGCGAAGACGCACUUUGACCUCAUCCAGAAGAUCAAGGCCGGCCGCUACCCAGACAUACCCGCCUGCUACUCGGCUGAGCUGCGCAAGGUCAUCGCCAGCUGCCUGCAGGUCACCCCCGACCACCGCCCGGACACGGCCGCGCUGCUGAACCUGCCCAUUGUCAAGCUGAUGCGCAAGGAGCAGGAGGUCGUCAAGCUGGGACAGGAUCUGAAGGAGCAGAGGAGACUGGCCGCCCACAGAGAGCAGGAGGCAGCCAGCGCCCUCGAGCGCAUGCGCAAGGACAUGGACGACCAGCUGCGGCGCGAGUGGGAGGUCAAGGCCCGCCUCGAGAUUGAGCGCCAGGUCAAGCAGCAGACCGAGGAGCGCGUGCAGAAGGAGCUGGCUCAUCUGCAGGCCGAGUUUGAGAAGGAGGUCCAGAAGCGCGUCAAGGAAGCGCUGAAGAAGCACCCCAAGCGCCCCAGCACGUCGCCGAAGCUCGCCCCGCGAUCGAACACGCCAGUCCUGCAGCCGGUUACGCAAGAGCUGCUCUUCCCGGCCGACACGGACGCGACCGUUGUCAGCGGGUCGACAAGCACACUCGGCACCAACUCUGGGUCUGGCAGUGGCACUGACAUGUCCGCCCUGUCGCUCGAGGACUCGCCAGAACACCCCGAGAACGUCAGGAUCACGGCCAAGCUGAAGCGCCCAAGCCGCGCUCCUCUGUCGCGUGCGCGCACCAUGUUCAACCCCAACGCUCCUGCAUCGCCCGUCGACAUUCAGAUGGGCGAGCCAUCUCCAGCACCUGCUCAUCUUGCAGGGCUGUCGCUCUCGCCCCGCAAGAUGGUCUCCCGACCGAACAUAUUCGCUGCUGCUAAGGACGGCGCCAAGAGGUGGGAGGCGGAGGUUCCCCCUUCGCCGACGGAGGAGGAGUGGAACGGUGACUUCGACGAUGACGACGACCUGCCCGUUCUUCCGUCUCCUACUCGCGCCCGCAGCGCCAACGGCAACCGCUCCGCAAGCGACGACCCGUUCAAGACGCUCGCCAACGCCGCGCGCCCGCUCGUCAAACCCUACCACCGUCUCGGCUCCACACCGAACCUCGAGCCCGCGAGGAAGCCCCGCCCCGUUUCCGCGGUGCCCAUCAUCGCCACAUCACCGAGCCGACCAAAGUCAAAAUCAGUCGAGGCGCUCUCCCCAUCGCCACGCAAAACGCAUCUCCAGCCAACCGCUGCCUCGGCCGCACGCUCAGAGCCUGUUACGGGCGGUCUCAGAUCGAAGAAAGGCAACGAAGCCAUCCGCAUCCAGGCAAUGCGCAACAACGGCGGCGUGCAAGGGCGCACGUUAGUCGAGCUUCAGCAAGCAAGAGGCAUCCCCGUGCAAACUAUGAGUGACGACGAGGGCAUCCGAAAGCGCGGAUUUGGGUACAGGAGUCCCAUCAAGCUGAAGAGCAAAGAGCCGGCAGUCUGGGACCCAGAGGUGGAGACGGAGAUGCCCAGUCCAUUCAUUGUCAGAACGAGAAAAGUCGUCAGGUGA